AUGUCCGCCCAAACGGUCACGUUCCAGCGUCAGUCGACCGAACCCGCCAGUGUCAUCCGGAUUUACCGCCAUGACGCGGUGGGCGACGCACCAAUCCCUGCGGACUCUGUCCUGCUGAAAUUUCUGGCUGCUCCUGUCAACCCUCAGGAUUUGUUAGUGAUUGCCGGCCGGUAUCCUGUUCAACCACACCAUCGCUAUAAUGACGAACCCAUCCCGGGGUACGAUGGCGUGGCUCGCGUCGAGCGCGUUGGUGCGGAAGUGGACGCGUUGAAGCCCGGAGACCAUGUUAUUCCCCGUGCCCACGGCCUGGGGACUUGGCGCACGGAAGCCGUCGUUCCGGCGGCUGCUCUGCUGAAAGUUUCGAAGAGUUUGGAGCCGACGACCGCCAGCUUGUUGAAGACAGGAUGCUCAACAGCUUAUCUUUUAUUAGAGAGCUGUCCCUCCCUGGUUCCGGGAGAUUGGGUCGUUCUCAAUGCUGCAACGGGUUGGAUUGCACGAAUGGUGGUCCAGUUCGCACUCCUCAAGGGCUGUCCGAGUAUCUGUGUGAUUCGAGAUCGGGAUGAUGUCGAAGCCACACGCCAGUCACUUCUCGAUCAGGGCGCUCGUGUGGUCGUCACCGAAUCGCAACUUGCCAAAGAAGGCCCAGCGGCGAUCGCGGCCGGCAAGCGUAUUACUCUCGCCCUAGAUGCGGUAUUCGGUCAAUCUGGUCAACGACUUGCCGCCACGCUCGCCCCCGGAGCUACCUUUAUCAAUUACGGAUCCCUGGGGGGAGCGGGUGGAGAAUUAGUUCUGAGCCAGGAGCUCAUCUUCUGGAAGCAAAUCACUUUCAAGAACUUCCGACUGUCCCAAGCGCUGGGUCAGUAUACGGAGGCUGCGCAGAUUGACCUCCUUUCGUGGUUCACCGACCUCUUUGAGGAAGGCAAGAUCACCGCGCCAGUGGUCAGUCGCGUGGACUGGGAAGAAGAGGGUGGUGGAAAUCUCGAGAAGAAGGUCCAGUCGGUGUUGAGCAGAGUCAGUGGAAAGGUAGCACCGGCCGUCGGGUGCACCAAGCACGUUGUCCAGUUCUGA